AUAUUCAAAAAAAUUUAUUAAUCUUGUAAUUUGUAAUUUAUGUUGUGAAUGUUUGAUAUAAAAGAUGCUUUGUUUGUUUAACAAUUUACAUACGAUACAUAUAAUUUUGAAAACGCGUUAAUCUUUCGUAACAACCUAUCAAAGUGAAGUAAUUAUUAAGAUUAGAUAAUGAUUUUACUAUUUUAACACAGAUAAGGCAAUGUGUUUAACAUUCGCAUUAACAGUUAACAUUCCAUUUAAUAUCAUUAUUUUAAAAUGACCUCCAGCAAUAUUGUAGUAGUUGGUUCUUGCAUGAUUGAUUUCGUUAGUUAUGCUCCACGAUUGCCAAAUGCGGGGGAGACGAUCCACGGAAGAGAAUUCGCCACGAAUUUCGGAGGAAAAGGGGCCAAUCAAUGUGUUGCGGCUGCAAAACUAGGUGGAAAUACUGCUCUUGUUGCUAGGGUUGGAGAUGAUAUCUGGGGUCCCAAGUACAUCCAAAACUUAAAAUCACUAAAUGUAAACACUGACCAUGUUCAAAUCACAGAAAAUUCUAGCUCAGGAAUAGCCCAAAUAACUGUGUCUGAUGCAGGAGAAAACCAAAUAGUUAUAGUGGCUGGAGCUAACAACCAUCUGAACACUAAGGAUGUAGAAGCUGCUCAGGAGCUCAUUAGUGAUGCAGCAGUGUUGGUUCUACAACUAGAGACUGCACAGGAUGUUGCUAUUAGGGCCAUUCAGCUUUGUAGAGGGAUUUCAAUAUUAAAUGGUGCCCCAGCUCUUUCGGAAUAUAAUGACCAGAUAUUGAAACUUCCCACUAUAUUUUGUGUUAAUGAGACUGAAGCUUCAAUAUUUACAGGCGGAUUGCCAGUUACUAACGUCAGUGAGGCUGAAAAAGCGGCUCAGGACCUAAUCUGUAGAGGCUGUAAUAGUGUACUUAUAACUUUAGGUAGUCAAGGGGCACUAUUUGUAAGUAAAAACGAAAAACACGUCGUAUCUAGUCCUUCAGUGAAAAGCGUUGACACAACAGGAGCAGGAGAUGCUUUCAUUGGAGCUCUAGCCUACCUUCUCGCCAACGACAAAAGUAUACCGAUGCAAGAGGCCUUGGAAAAGGCUUGUAUAGCUGCUAGUGAUAGUGUUACAAGACCUGGUACACAGAUUAGCUUUCCCGGACCUGAAGUGUUCUCGAAGAGCUCGUAAGUCAAGAAAAUGGCUUGAAGGAGCGGCGGAUCUACGGGGAGGGAAAAAGCGGAAAUUUUCCUCCUAACAAGGUCCAAAAUUAAAGAGAAAAAUUGUUGAAAAAUAAAAAUAUAUUAGCUGACAUGAAACUUGAGCCACAGACAGAUAAAUUCAACCCAAUAAACACUCUAGUUAGGAAAAUUAAGGGAACUUAAUGCAUAUAAGUUGUUUUUUAUGUAAAAAAAAACUAAGUUUUCAAUCUAAUAGCACAUAAAACAACACCCAAAAAUGUUAUUCUACAUCCUACCAGAGUAACACCUCCGAGGCUUCUACAAUUUGCAAGCCAUAACGGAUGCUGAGACUAAGGAAGAUGAGGGAAUUCUACAAUUUAUAAUUCACGUCCCAUCUGCUCAGCCCGGUAAAGUUCCAACGAGAAUGGUUCCCUUCGUAAACAUAUAAAUUAAAAAUGAAUAACCAUUUUCAAUUUCAUUGCAACACGAAACUACAGCCGCAUCAUUAUUCCAGUUCAAUCAGAGAGUGCAGCAAGCAGCUCUACCGGUUUCGAAACUUGUUAGUCUCUCAUCAGGAGGCACAUAUGCUGCUCUCUCUGACCCAACUAGGACAAACCCCGGCGUGCAGUCACGGAUUGCAACGAACGAAAUGGCAGGGAUGCCCUAGCGGCAACUGCUAGCAAAAAAACUAAGUUUUCAAUCUAAUAGCACAUAAAACAACACCCAAAAAUGUUGUUCCACAUCCUACCAGACUGAAAACAAUGGGAACCUUCUCUGGUAACACCUCCGAGGCUUCUAAAAUUUGCAAGCCAUGACGGAUGAGAGACUAACAAGUUUCGAAACCGGUAGAACUGCUUGCUGCACUCUCUGAUUGAACUGGAAUAAUGAUGCGGCUGUAGUUUCGUGUUGCAACGAAAUUGAAAAUGGUUAUUCAUUUUUGAUUUAUAUGUUUACUCUGAUUGAAGUACGAAGGGAACCAUUAUCGUUGGAACUCUACCGCGCUGAGCAGAUGGGACGUGAAUUAUAAAUUGUAAAAUUCCCUCAUCUUCCUUAGUCUCAGCAUCCGUUAUGGCUUGCAAAUUGUAGAAGCCUCGGAGGUGUUACUCUGGUAGGAUGUAGAAUAACAUUUUUGGGUGUUGUUUUAUGUGCUAUUAGAUUAAAAAACUUAGUUUUUUUGCUAGCAGUUGCCGCUAGGGCAUCCCUGCCAUUUCGUUCGUUUCAAUCCGUGACUGCACGCCGGGGUUUGUCCUAGUUGGGUCAGAGAGAGCAGCAUAUGUGCCUCCUGAUGAGAGACUAACAAGUUUCGAAACCGGUAGAGCUGCUUGCUGCACUCUCUGAUUGAACUGGAAUAAUGAUGCGGCUGUAGUUUCAUGUUGCAACGAAAUUGAAAGUGGUUAUUCAUUUUUGAUAUUAUUUAUGUGUUUUAUCUAGUUUGCGAUUAUCUUUUGUAUGUCUUUUGGUUGGUGUUUCACUGGAAGUUUCCCCCCUAAGGCAAAUUUUCCCUCCCAAGGCAAAUUUCUAGAUCCGCCACUGGCUUGAAGGAUAUUAUACAAGUAACAAGGAAUUAUUUUUUUCUAUUUUGGCACUAAAUGCUUGUUGUAUAGCAUAAUUCGAGCACUAUAAGUUAAUUGAAGUAUUCCUUUUUCACAGUUGUUCACAAGUAAUCACAAUAAGUAGAAUCAAACUGCCACAAGAUUAUUUUACUUCUCAGUUUUGUUUUUAUCAUAUUAUGUAAUGAAUAUAUUAGAACUGUGCUAUGGAGAUGGUUUAAUUGUUGAUGUGAUAUAAAUAUUACAUAGAAACAAUCCUUCAGAAGGAACAAUGGAGUAAACUGACAAAUUGAAAAAAUAAUAAACUUAAAGAUAAAACCCAUAACUAAAUUAAAAUUCAUGGUGACGUUUCAAUUAUUACUUUAAUCAUCGUCAGAAUAAUAAGUUUCUUGAGCGGAUGCUUUAAAAUAAUUUUAAAGGAACAAACAAUAAUUAAUGAAAACGUAAAAAAUGACAUUGACAAUCAUUGGGUUAAGUCAAUAAUUUCAAACACGCCAUGUCUUGUUGCGUGUUUAAGGGUGGCUUCAAAAGAAAUAUGGAUAAUGCCUCCUUGAUGCUGAGUUCCGUUGGAGAACUUGCAUGACCAAUGAUUGAGAAGUCCUUAAGACUAAUAGGGUGGUCAGAAUCAGUCAUAUGUUGGAAUACCGCUGAAUUUGAAACUGUUCUUGAUCGUCUUCCUAAGUGAGGAGUGACACCUAAGUGUUCGCAACAUCUGACAUUAAAGUGACGUCGAGUCUUCCCGACGUACGUAGCUGCACAGCUACUACAUUUGAAUUGGUAUAUAAUGUUAGAUGCGCGAUCACUAGGAAUCAUGUCUUUCACAUGGAAACGAGAUCCUAUCCUUUCCAAAGUUGUGAAAGCAAAUCUUAAUUCUAUAGAGGGAAAUGCUUUUUUAAUUGUUCUACGGAUGUUGCGUCGGAUUUGUAAGCUGUGGUAACCAGUAUAUGGAAGUUUGAUAUAGAUCUUUUCUUUGAUUUCUACUUUGCUGUUUGGUUGGAAUUUGUUAUUGAAAAAACGUCUGAUGUAUCUUUCUAAGAAGUUCAACGAAAAACCAUUUUUACUUAAGAUUACCUUUAUGUUUUCUAACUCUUCAUGUAGGAAUUGCCCGGUUGAACAGAUAGUGAAAGCGCGGUGAACAAGUAUAUUGAUUAAACUUGUUUUGUAUUUGUUGGGAAUGAAGCUAUCUGCGUUUAUAUACAGGCCGGUGAAGGUUGGUUUUCUGUAUAUUGAAGUGGAAAAACCUGAAGGUGAUCUGAAGAUGUUAAUUCCUAAGAAGGGCAGAUUUCCAUUGACUUCAAUUUCACUAGUAAAUUUCAUAUUGUGGUGUUUCUGGUUGAGAUAAUCUAAAAAAUGUUGAAUGUGAUCGGUAUGUUUGAAGAUGAGAAAAAUAUCAUCCACGUAUCGUCUAUAAAGAAGUGGCUUAAAAUCAAUUGGACAGUCAGUUAACCAUGUUUUCUCAUGGUGACAUAGAAAAGUGUUCGCGAAAACUGGUCCUAAAGGAGAGCCCAUUGCAACGCCAUCUAUUUGUCUAUACUCUUUUCCGUCAAAACUGAAUAGACAUUCUUUGGCAGCUAAUGUCAGUAAAUCUUUAAAUUUUGACUGCUUCAUUCCUAAAAUGCUUGAAUUGGAACUUGGAAAAAGUGAAUUUAUUAUUAUGUUGAUGGUUUCAUCUAAGGGAACGUUUGUAAACAGACUUUCAACGUCGAAACUGACCAUAAUUCCAUCUUUAUUCCAUCGGUAUUCCAACAUAUGACUGAUUCUGACCACCCUAUUAGUCUUAAGGACUUCUCAAUCAUUGGUCAUGCAAGUUCUCCAACGGAACUCAGCAUCAAGGAGGCAUUAUCCAUAUUUCUUUUGAAGCCACCCUUAAACACGCAACAAGACAUGGCGUGUUUGAAAUUAUUGACUUAACCCAAUGAUUGUCAAUGUCAUUUUUUACGUUUUCAUUAAUUAUUGUUUGUUCCUUUAAAAUUAUUUUAAAGCAUCCGCUCAAGAAACUUAUUAUUCUGACGAUGAUUAAAGUAAUAAUUGAAACGUCACCAUGAAUUUUAAUUUAGUUAUGGGUUUUAUCUUUAAGUUUAUUAUUUUUAUCAAGUUUAAUGGUGUGUCCUUAUCUACAUAAAUUAAAAAAAAAAUUAAAAAAUGAAUGCUCCAAGUGAACGUCUUUGAGUCAACGAUAUUGGCUCUAAUAAAUUCUGAAGUUACUUGUUGAAUAUUCACGCUUUAUACUACAUAGUACUUAAUAUUGAUUAAUAGAUUUAUAGUAUUUUAUUUUAUUUUUUAACAGUUGUUAUGUACUUAAUUAUAUGAAAUUUUUGUUGAAAAAAUGUUUUUAAAUAAAUGACUAUUUUUAU